UACCGAAGUCUUUAUGUAAGACCCGAGUUAUGUAAAAAAAAAAAAAAGCACUCUGUUUAUAAAAUUCGUGAAAAAAUGUAACAAUUUAACUACAAACAAGGGGAAAUAGUAAUAGUAAUUGUUUUAUUAGGCGGGAAGAUCUAUACCUGAGGAUUUGUUUUUGGCGCUUCAGUGUAGAAAUUGUAAAUUAAGUACAAGGUCGUAUUUAUAAAUGCGACUGCACGGACGUAUUCCAAAGCAUCCAUUUGGCCAAUCAUAGUUGCUGCUUUUGUUGGCAUUUCAUUAUAUAAAUGCACGACAUUCGAAAUUUAAACAUCGCUUUCAAUUUGGGUAAAAGCGAAAAUGGCGCGUACUAAGCAAACUGCUCGUAAAUCUACAGGUGGAAAAGCUCCCCGAAAACAACUUGCCACCAAGGCAGCACGUAAGAGUGCACCAGCCACCGGUGGUGUCAAGAAACCUCAUCGUUACAGGCCUGGAACUGUCGCUCUCCGUGAGAUCCGUCGUUACCAGAAGAGCACCGAGCUUCUCAUCCGCAAGCUCCCAUUCCAACGUCUGGUUCGUGAAAUCGCUCAAGACUUCAAAACUGAUCUCCGAUUCCAGAGUUCUGCUGUCAUGGCUCUUCAAGAGGCUAGCGAAGCUUACUUAGUCGGCCUUUUCGAAGAUACCAACUUUACUACAGUAAUCGAAAUGUCUGGACGUGGUAAAGGAGGAAAAGGACUUGGAAAAGGAGGUGCUAAGCGUCAUCGUAAGGUGUUGCGUGAUAACAUCCAGGGCAUCACUAAACCAGCUAUCCGUCGUCUUGCUCGUCGUGGUGGUGUCAAGCGUAUAUCUGGUCUUAUCUACGAAGAGACCCGUGGUGUAUUGAAAGUAUUCCUUGAGAAUGUCAUCCGUGAUGCUGUCACAUACACCGAGCAUGCCAAGAGGAAGACCGUCACCGCCAUGGAUGUCGUCUACGCCUUGAAGAGACAAGGCCGAACCCUUUACGGAUUCGGUGGAUAAGCUACUCACUAUCAUUCAAACCAAACGGCUCUUUUCAGAGCCACCAUUUGAACAAAAGAGAUUGAUUUCUUCCUUGCCUUGUAUACACGUCAUAUUACAGGUCCAGAUUAUCGGUGGCCUAAACUAUACACGAAAUAAUGUCAGCCACUAUUAUCUUCUCGUUUGAUUAAAA